AUGUCUAAGCUAGCAUGGCAGCAGCCAAAGCGUGGAUUUUCGAGUGUCUAUGUUGUCGCCAGCCUGGGCUUAUUAGUGACUGGUUAUUGUUAUGGACGUCAUCACAUCUCGCGGUCGCUAACCAGCCCGCCCGACCUUCAACAAUGCGCAAUUGACAACUUGCUUGGAACUGGUCUUCCUUUUAUGACUGCGUCUCCUAUCAAUCUUGCAGACUUCGAGGAGCGCCGGGACCGCCUGGCCAAGGCUCUGGUGGCUGAAGAUGCCGAUGCUUUUGUUGUGGAGCCGGGCUAUACGUUCAAAUACUAUGGCAACGUGAGCCAGCCGGAAUGGGAGGUUUGGGAGCCCGAAGAACGCCCAUUCUUGAUGGUCGUUCGUCCCCAGGAGGACAAGGCAGGCAACAUUAAGGCCAACACAACCUUUCUCUGUCCAUCAUUUGAGGCCGAGCGAGCCCGCCUGCUUGGAAUGCCUUUCAGUGAUUCUAUUCAAAUAGUUCCAUGGGAAGAACAUUGGAACCCAUAUAGAACCCUUCAGCAGGCUAACGUGUUCUCUGGUCUUCAACGCCCUCCACGGUUGAUGGUUGAUGAAGAAAUGCGCGACUUUAUACAACGCGGGCUAGCUACUGUCGGCUUCGAUGUGGUUGGCCUGAAGGGUAAAGUUGAAGAAGUGAGACAGAUCAAGAGCGACAAGGAAGCCGACAUUCUCCGCGCAGUCAAUACCGGCACCGUGGAAGCCGUAAGGCACAUUAGGAAUUGUCUCUAUCCAGGUCUCACCGAGAAUGACAUCGCCGUCGCCCUUGAUAAUACUUUGCGGGUUGCAGGACUGGAACCCUUCUUUGAUAUUGUGCUCUUUGAUGAAAAUGCCUCCAACCCUCACGGAGGAACGAAUGGAUCUAAAGUUUUGGAACCCGAGACAUUCAUCUUAAUUGAUGUAGGCGCUCAUUUGUAUGGCUACUCCUCGGAUAUCUGCCGCACGUUCUUCCCGCCUUUCCUUGAAAAACCAUCAAAGGGAGACACGUUGUCGUCUAGAAUGUUAGAAAAACUUAAAGUUUGGGACAUUGUUUUCGAAGCCCAGACACAAUCUAUUCACCAGAUGCGGGAAAAUUCAACAGCAUCAAGCGUGGAUAUCGCUGCGCGUGAGGUCAUCACUGAUGCAGGGUAUGGCGAAACUUUUACACAUCGUGUGGGACAUGGAAUUGGAAUCAAAGCCCAUGAAAGCCCUUACCUUAACCAAGGAAACUUGAACAGCCUGCUCAAAAGUGGCAUGACCUUCACUUCCGAGCCGGGUAUUUAUCUAGUCGACAAGUUUGGUGUCAGGCACGAGGAUGUGUUCCUCGUACAAGGGGAUGAAGAGCCUGAGAUUUUGACUGGGUCGCGUGCUGUCGGACCUUGGGACCCAUGA